UGAGUCAGUUGGGCGAUGUUCGUUUUAGUAGUUGCCGGCUUGGAGAGCCUUCGACGAGAUUCGAGACGUCUAACGCCGCUCAUAUAAAACUGAGGCGUCGAUCGCGCUGGAUGGUUAGUCCGCGGCGUGAGGUUGUCUAAUUUUGACCGUUUGGGGAGACCCAAAUGGACCUAAGGAGCGUUUAAUUAAUUGACGUGCGUGAAGUUGCGAGCUGCAGGCCAGAUCUUUUGCUGGAUUAUUGUGAAGAAUUGUGCAAUACGGGUUCGGUUCGAGAGAAAACGGUGUCAAAGUGCUUUCGGGGUUUGCCCAGGUGGAACCGGUUUGGUGAUCUUCAACUGUUAGUUUCUACGUUUCGUGGAGAUUUGAAGAAGUGCUGUUUAGUGUUAGUUUUGAAGUGGUCAUGAUCUAACAGUUGAAGUGAAUAUGUCUCAAAAGAAGAUGUUCGGAAAUUGGAGUAGAUCUCUGCUCUGGUUAUUGUCACUACUGGUGGUGCUAAAUCACGAUGUCUUCGUUCGCGCUAGGACUUCGGACCGGCUUAAGGUGACGAUGCCCCACGGUGGAGUGCUGGUGGGACGGUAUUUGCACUCCUUUACCGGACGGGGCAUUCUGGCGUUUCUGGGAGUUCCGUACGCGAAGCCACCAGUUGGCGAGCUGAGGUUUAAGGCCCCCCUUCCGUUCGGUGACUGGACAGGUGUUAGGACCGCCCUAACCGAUGCGCCCCUCUGCAGCCAACGCGACCCCUACCGGCGUGACAUGGACAUCUCCGGCGUCGAGGACUGCCUGCAGUUGAACGUGUACGUUCCGGAGCGACCUGCGCAGGUGGGUCCACUUCCGGUGAUGGUGUUCUUCCACGGCGGUGGCUGGCAGUGCGGUUCCGGAAACAGGAUGUUCUACGGACCGGACUUCCUGCUGGAUCAUGACGUGGUGUACGUUGGAGCCAACUUCCGGUUGGGACCACUUGGGUUCCUGAGCACCGAACAGGAGGACUGCCCCGGGAACAACGGUCUCAAGGAUCAGAAUCUGGUUCUGCGGUGGAUUCGGGACAACAUUGCCGCCUUUGGGGGUGAUCCGGACUCGGUUACGAUCUUUGGGGAAAGUGCCGGUGGAGCUAGUGGAACUUACCAUAUGAUGUCACCAAUGUCGAAGGGGCUGUUCCAUCGGGUAAUUUCGCAGUCCGGAGUUAAUCUGGAUGCGUGGGCGCAACCUGCGCACACUGGAGUGGCUCGCAAGAGGUCCGUUGAACUGGGUGAGAUGCUAAAAUGUCCCCAAGGAAAGGAAGGAAAGUUUGCCGAGAUGAUGGAUUGUCUGCGACAGGUUCCGGCGGCGGAAGUUACCAAGGCAUUCUACGGGUUCUUUACCUGGGACACCGAUCCGAUGAUACCGUUUCCGCCGGUGGUGGAGCCGGAUCUCCCGGGGGCGUUCAUCACCAAACAUCCCCGCGAUGAGUACGAACCGCACGCGCUUGGUCUACCUUGGAUGACCGGGCUGACGCUGGACGAGGGAGCGCUGAAGAGUGCCUCCCUCAUCAACCUGUCGGAGCUGCGGGCCAGCCUGAACGAAAACUGGGAACGGGCGCUGCCCGUGUCGCUGUACUACAACCACCACCUUCCGGACCGGGCCCGCGUCGAGGACAUUACCGGUGCGAUCGGAAGCUUCUACUUUAACGGCCGAAAGUUAAUUAAGGAAACGGAACAGAACCUAACGAACCUUUACUCGGACGCUUGGUUCCUCGCCGGAAUGGACGAAUAUUUGCGCAUCCGGCUGGAGGGCGGACGGAAAACUCCGGUGGGUCCCACGUUUGUGUACCUGUUUGCCCAGCGCACGGCGGCCAGCUUCACCGAGAUUUUCGAGGGUGGCAAGGAGAACUACUACGGGGUUUGCCACGCCGAGGAGUUGCAGUUUUUGUUCCCAAUCGCGAAGGACCUGUUUGUAACGGCCGUGCCGACCCCCGAAGAGCUUGAGGUUCGCCGCGCCAUCACCAAGCUGUGGGUUGACUUUGCCCGGACGGGUCAUCCGACGCCGGUGGAUUCCGAUGGUGGAAAGGUGCCCCGGUGGCCACCGACGGAUCGGUUUCCGCUAACAUACCUGCGGAUUGGUAGUUUGAACCCCGACCGGGAGCCGCUUUUCGCGGUCGAGCAGGGUUUCAUGGAGGAACGGGCUGAGUUUUGGAGGAAGUUGAAGGCUCACCAUCCGGCGGGGUCGAUGGUGAAUGAAGUGGCUAAGGAUGAAUUAUAGGAGGUGGACUUGGUUUUAGGAAGUGAGCAAUAAUAAAAUGGAAUACUCGU